AUGGAGAUGCGCGUAGCACGUAGCUCCGUGGCGCCCGCCGCCCGCCGCCUGCCGCCCGCCGCUCGCUACGACCGCCGCGGCGACGUCACGCGUGCGCCCCGGUCCGGCCGGCGCGCCGUCCCGCCGCCGCGCCGGCCGGCACUCGCCGACAGUGUGUCGUGGUGGUCGGCCGCCCCCAGAUCGGCAGUGUCGGACAUGCGGUUCGCGCGCCCGCUGCUGUGUCUGCUGCUAUGCUCCCGUGCACAGUGGUGCCGGGGAGCGCAAAUCCAGCGACUGUCGGUGCCAGCGGCGGCGGCGGCGGGGUCGCCGGUGCUGCUGGACUGCGAGUACGUCGUCCCCGAGCCGCGCGGGCUGGUGGUGCAGUGGCUGUUCAACGGCGCCGCCGGCCUCGUGUACCAGUGGAUCCCGCCGCUGCGGCCACAGGCAGUGGGGCUGCUGAAGGGCCGCGUGGACCUAAACCACACGGCGUCCGCAGACCCACUGCAGCGCCACCGCGCCGUGCUCGUGCGCCGUGCCGCGCCCGAGCUCAGCGGCCGCUACACCUGCGUCGUCUCCACCCACACCGCCGAGGACCGCCAGACCAGGCCCAUGCUCGUCUACAGCGUCCCGCGCAACUUCCAGUUCUACCAGGAGCGGGGUAACGGCUCGGCGACGCUGGUGUGCUCGGCCGAAGACAUGUACCCGCGCCCGGAGCUCACCAUCCUCACCGAGGAAGAUGCGGUAGUGGCAGCGAAGCUAGAAGUGACGAUGGACUCGUACGGUCAGUACAGCGCCGUAUCCCGCGCCGCGCUGCCCGCCGCGGCGCACGCGCAGACCUUCGUGUGUAGCAUCACGCUGCCUUACGCCAACUAUACCGUCACCAGGACCACCACAUACUAUCCAGGUCGUGCGGUGGACGACUACGGCGACGUCCAGCAGCCGCAGGAGCGACAGGCCAGCGGUACAACACGUGCUAGUUUAAGAACAUCAGUUACCUCACUUUUCGGUAUGGUUAUGAUACUUAGCAAAUAA